UAAAACCACUGUUUCUCAGAAAGUAGCAAAAAUGCGAGCCAAUAAAGCUGCAACAGGUAAUAUUGGUGGGCCUACUCCGAAAUUAACUGAAAGAGAACAGAAAAUUUUAGGAAUUAUGGGAUUUGAUUACAUUGAAGGAGUACAAUGUCCAGAUGCUUUCCCAGAAGAACAGGUACAACAACAAAAAUAACAUCUAUUUCAGCCAGAAGCAAUGGAAUUGCUAAGUCAAGGGCAGGAAGAAAUCUUAGAGGCUGUUUCCGUCCCAUUUACAAUACGAUAUACCACAAAUGAAAAUAAUAUGAUCAGUUUUACAGAGAGAGAAGAAAGGGAGAUAACUAUGCUUGAAACAUCUUCGCAAAUAGUGCAUUUAGAUCAAAGAGCAUUAAGAGAAUCAAGAGAAUCACCGAUGUUCAACCAUGAGCAAUUACAGACAGAAGAUAUACAGGAAGAAACGCAGGUAACAGAGUUACAUGCAUCAAGUUCACAGACUGCAAACAGAGUAGAGAAAUCUACUACAGCAAGAAGCGGGGCCAUAAAAGCAAGAUUAUGCAGUUGCAAAAUACAAGAGAUGAGUUUAUCUUAUUAGCCGAACGCCAAAUUGCGUGUAUAGAGGUAAGAUCUAUA